ACAACAUUUUUUUUUAACAUAACUGUUCACGUAUUUGAUCAUGCCAGAAAUAGCCGUUGCCGGUGAAAAUAACAUCAUGAGAACACUAGGCUCUUUUACAGAGUCCAUCUUAGGAUCUGUUGCGCAUAAGGAGUUUGGUCUCAGUUGGGGUCUCGAAAAUGAACUACGGAGGCUUAAGAAAACUUUGGAGAAGAUUGCACCUGUAACAGAUGAUGCUGAAAACAGGCAAGAAACAGAGGAGGUUGUCAGAGUUUGGUUGAGAAAGCUUAAAGAUGCUGCAUAUGAUGUUGAUGAUGUAUUGGAUGAGUUCUCGUAUGAGGCCAUGCGUCCACAAGAAAAAGGCGUAGGUAAGGUAAACCAUUAUAUUUCGUUCAGCUCAUUGCGUUUUCGUUUUAAAAUGGCCAAGAAAAUUAAAGAUAUUAAUGGUAGAUUGGAUAUUAUAUCGGAAAGUAUAGCUAGUCUUGAGCUGUGUACGUUUACUGAUAGUCCAACUAAUCUGAAACCGUCCCGGCUAACAUCCUUGGUGGAUGAUUCAAAGAUUGUAGGUCGAGAGAAAGAAAAAUCAAUCAUCAUAAAGAUGUUGUUAAUGACGAUGGAUGCUCCGUUAUCAUUUCCAGCAUCUAGUCAACCUAGUGACAAUGUAGUGUCCAUAGCGGGUAUGGGUGGACUAGGCAAGACUACGCUAGCCCAUUUGGUCUACCAAGAUGAAUCGAUUGUGAGACUUUUUGACCUUAGAAUGUGGGUUUGUGUGUCUGUUGGUUUCGGUGUCAACAAAAUUGUAAGAAGCAUCUUGGAGUGCAUUAAGGAAACCAAGUGUGAUGAUGUGCUAGAUGUCAAUAUUGUAACUGAAGUUCAGAGAAAUCUGAGCGACAAGAAAUACUUGUUAGUGCUCGACGAUGUGUCGAUGGGUCUUGAGGAGUGGGAGAAACUUAUGACAUUUAUAGAUGUUGGUGCUCCAGGGAGCAAAAUACUAAUAACCACGAGGGAACUGUUAGUAUCAUCUUCUGUGUCUCGACCAUACAAUUUACAACCAUUGCCCAACAUUGAAUGUUGGUCUAUCAUCCAGCAAAGAGCUUUUGCUCCUGGUGGAGGAUCUGAGACUCCAAAUAUGUGCACCAUAGGAGCGGAGAUCGCAAGUAAAUGUGUUGGCUUACCACUUGCAGCAAAGCUUCUUGGUAGUCUUUUGUACUCCAACAAUGCUGAAAGUGAUUGGUUAUACAUUAACGACUAUAUUUUCGAAACAGAAAUCAAAUCAGAAUAUCAAACCAAUGUUUUACCAAUAUUGAGAUUGAGCUACGAUAAUUUGUCACCACAUUUGAAGCAAUGUUUCUCUUACUUGUCUUUAUUUCCCAAGGGUUGGAAGAUUAAUCGAGAAACAUUAAUUCGCAUGUGGAUGGCUGAAGGAUUCCUUCAUUCAUCUCAUGUAAGAAAUCAAAAUUCACUCCAAGAUAUUGGUAAUGGUUAUUUUCAAGUUUUGUUAUCUAAUUCUUUUUUUCAAGAUGUGGAAAAGGAUGAAUUAGGUGAAAUCAAGACGUUCAAGAUGCAUGGCUUAGUACAUGAUCUUGCACUUAGUGUCGUUUCCAAAGCCGAGGUCACCAUUCUUGAUGCAAGUGAAAUGGAAAACAAUAUUUCUGGUAAAGAUACAUCAGAAAUAUUUUCAGCAGAUGUGCAGGAUGCUAAAAAGUUGCGCUCUUUUUUCUCCCUUGAAAACAAUUUUCUGCCUGUUAAUACUCUAUCUAUUCAUAAACGUCUACGGGUAGCAUGUUUGCUUGGUGUGCGUCCUCUCAAAUCUCAAUAUUUUGCUUCUGAUUUUAAACAUUUGAGGUACCUUGAUUUGUCAUACUCAAAUAUCAAAGUACUACACAAUGUGUCCAUCAGAAAACUCUAUAAUCUCCAGACAUUAGUCCUUUAUCGCUGCACAAACGUUCAUAUCAUUCUUCAAGACAUUGGGUUUUUAAAACUUUUAGAGCACCUGAAUCUUUCAUACUCCGAUAUUCAUGACCUACCUAAAUCUAUCAAUCAACUAAGAAAUCUGCAGACACUAGAUCUCUUCCGCUGCCUUCAAUUUGAAACCUUGCCUGAUCUUGAUAUCGGGUCUUUCAGACAUCUCAGUCGCCUCGAUAUCUCAUAUACUCCAAUUAGUAAAUUACCUUUAUGGCUCUCUUCCACCAUCAGUCUAAGGGAUUUCCGGUUCAUGUUUUGCCGGAACUUAAAAGCAUUACCGGAAGACCUUGGUGCGUUGACUCUAUUAAGGAGCCUUAAUUUGAAUGGAACUCGCAUCAAAGUAUUGCCUGAAGCUUGUGUUAGCACCCUCCGGAAUUUAGAGAUAGUGGAACUAGGAUCUGAAUGCGGGCUUCCCAAAGAAAUUGAACAUUGGCCGAAACUGAGACGUCUUACGCACCGUGGAAGGAGCUAUCAUGAAAUGCCAAAAGGCAUAGAACGGCUAAUCUGCCUUGAAGAAUUGAAGUCAUACAUGGUAGGGAAGGAAGAGGUUCCCACGACAAAUCAUCACAGCAGAAUCCAAGAUUUAUCAAGCCUAAACGACCUUAAAGUGUUGGUGAUAAAAAAUCUAGAGAAUGUGGGAGGAAUCGAAGAUGCAGCAAGAGCAGAACUAAAGGAUAAGCAAAAUAUUCAACUUCUGGAGCUGCGCUGGGACGGCGAGGGUAUAGAUGAUAGUUCAAAGGUGUUGGAAGGUCUGCAACCACAUCCUAAUUUGAAAACACUGCUUAUAAAAGGAUUCAGCGGUAUGGAGCUUCCAAACUGGAUGGGCGGGUUUGAUUCAUCGCCUAGUUAUCUUCCGAAUUUGGUGGAACUGAAAUUACGAAAUUGCAACAGUUGUGAGCAGCUUCCGCCGAUGGGUUUGCUCCCAUGUCUCAGGGUUCUUCAUAUAGAUGGGAUGAAUUCAGUCAAGUGUUUGGGUGAAGAAUUUUAUCAUCAAAUAUCACCAUCAUCAUCACCGACAUCGUUUACAGUAACAGUAUUCCCUUCAUUAAUUGAGUUGAAGCUCAGCGAUAUGUCAAGUUUAGAAGAAUGGCUUGCUCCACCACCACCAUAUUCGGCUAAUUCCUUCCCUUCCCUCCGAAGAUUAAUUAUCAGUGGCUGUUUCCAGUUAAGAUCCACACCAUUAACUUCCUUUUCUUCUCUUGAUAGCUUGGAAUUAAGUAAUACCAACGACAAAGUGGUAGGCUCGAUCUUAGCUAUUGAAGGAGGAGGAGGUAAAGGUAAAGGACCAGGCUCUCUCAUCACAUCCAUUUCUAUACAAGAUUCUGCACAGCUUAACUUUUUCCCACUGGGAGUACUCCAAUACUACAUACAUCUUCAAUCUCUAGAAAUCUCAUGCUGUUCUAAGUUUCAAGGUUUUCGCAUUCAAAACUACAACAACAGCGAUGAUGAUGAUAUACGUUCAGACGUGGUAUUCAACUACACCGGCAUCAACUCUCUACACUCAUUAAAGUUAAGAAAUUGCCCUUCUUUAACUUAUCUACAGGACUUACGAGAAUGGAAGUCCCUCACUAAACUAUGGAUUGAGAACUGUGACAAGCUGAAAAAGUCAUUUACUUAUGAUUUGGCAUCUCUCCCUAGUCUCCGUACACUGUACGUUGAUCGCUUCAUUGACCUGAGUGCCUCUACUCCUGCUGCUUCUACCAGCCAUGCUAGUGAUACAUUGGUGAGUCUAACAGAAUGCAAGAUAGCUGUGUUGCCACUGAAAAAAAGUAGAACGCUGUCGAAGAAAAGGUCCAGGACAGAAAACAAAAUAAAAAGAAGUAUUUUCCGUGCAGGUUCACGUAGUAAGAGUUGGUUCCGCCGUGGGAGUGCUAGAGUAUUUUCAAAGUUCACGCGCAGUAAAAGUAUUCCAUAUGAGAAGCUUAAGUUUUGGCGAGGGUGAGGGAGUGUGAGAAGUGGAAUCUGUAUUUGCUGUGUAGGAUCAUCUCGGGGCAGUUUGGGCCAUGCUCCUAGCUGGAGAUCUGGUCCUAGAUCUCUUCUUCCUUCAAAAGACAUAUGAGACUCGAAUUUUCACUUGUUUUGUUUUCGAUACGUUUUUCAUCUUUUUUGCCUCAUAAAAUGAUUGUCAUUAAUUUUUCCGUCUGUUUUGCCUGAUCAGCAAAUGAUUAUCCGUAAUUUAGUCAGGUAUUCAUCUAUUCUGCCUCAACAAAUAUUUUUUUUUCUUUCAUCUAUCUUGUCUAAUGACUAUCAGUAUUGUUUCUUUCGAUCAUUUCGCCUCAGUAUGUCACUUUUUAGAAGAAAAAAAUAAAUCUGUUUUGCCUCAUAUAAUUAUAUUUGGCUAUUAAUUCUUUUCCUAUCUGGUUUUGCCUCAACAAAUGCUUUUGACAAUGUUUAUUUAUAUCUAUUUUACCUCAGCAGUUCACUAUUUUUUCUCUUCCAAUCAUCUUGCCUCAACAUAUAUGGUCACUAUUUUUUUUCCAAACUAUUUUACGACAACAAAUGAUUGGCGGUGUGUUGGUGCUAACCUGGUUUUGAGGAUGACAAUCACUCACCAUAAUGAUGCUCAUGAAGACUAAAGUAUAGUGUUUUGGAACAUUGGUCUCGUUUUCCAUUGUAUUGCCCUACUCUGAUAUUGGGAUGAAUAACUUUUUGUAAUACUUUCUUUUUCCAUUGUAUUGCCCUAAGAUUUAAUAUUUCUCUUCACUUA